AUGAAUCCAGGAGAAAAGAAAAGGGUUUUGAAUCCAAACAAAGCUCAAAGUCCUAUGAAGAAGAUAGGUUACGAUUUCCAAUUUCGAUCGAGUGCUGAACUAGCCAAGCAAUAUCAGAUAAAGAGAGAAAAACUUGCUAAUGAUCGGGAGAAUAGAGCUGUGAAACAGCAAGCACCAUUAAGUCAUAAAAGGAAGAAUCCUAUGUCUACAAUAUCAAAUGCAAGAGAAGGACAAAGUAGACAAAGGUUAAUUCAAUCUAAGGAGUCCAUUCAGCAGCAAGGAAAUGGUAAACUACCUAUGCACAAAUCCACAGUCCAACUGUCUUCAAAGGAAGUUCUUAACACUUCAAAUAUGAUUGGAAAAAAACAAGGAGAAGGAGAAAAACAACUUGGCACUCAUGAUCUACAAAAUGUCAAAAAGGUGAAGAGAAAGUCGGUCUUACCGACGACAAGUCUUGAUCUUUUCCUACAACAAAAAGGAACACAUGUGGGUGGAGAGAAACUACCUGAUAUUCAGCCAGUUAAUGAGGCCAGAUCUAUGCCGUCCCCUCUUGUUGAUGAGCAUAAUAUUGAACUUGAUAAUUUUGAUGCACAAGAAGAAGUUGGCGAUGAUGAGUGUGUUAGAGACGAAGCUAUGGACAUUGAUUCACAUAUAGGUGGAACAUCAGAUAAGAAGAAAGUUCGAGGGCAAACAAAAUGUAUGCUGAUUCAUGCAAGAAAUCUUCAGGAGAGAGAGGAGGUGACAUUUGACAAAGGACAAGCUGUGGGACCAACCGGUAAAAGAGUGUCUCAGUUAAGCAACUUCAUAGGAACAGUUGCCAGGAAUCCUAGAUUUAUCACAUUACUAUUCACUAAUUGGCAUGUUGUUCCAGAUGAUACAAAACAACGAAUGGUGGAUUAUGUUAAAACCAAGUUCAUAAUUCCAGCAGAAGGAAAUAAGUGGGUGAUGGAUGGUCUUCGUGAAGCUUGGAGACGACACAAGAAAACUACUAAGGAGAGACAUUUUGACGUGAAUCGUAGUAUUGAAGAUAUGGUAGAAAAGCGUCCCCCUGAGAUACCAGAAGUUCAAUUUCGCCAAUUAAUUGAAUAUUGGAUGGAUGAAGAUGUCCAACGUGACUCUAAAGAGAACAAGGAGGAUCCAUCACAAUCUGAAAUGUUUGUUGCGACUCGUACAAAAAAGGGAAAGCAAGUUCAUGAAGAUGCCCAAAGUGCAAUAUCGGAACUUCAAAACCGUCAACAUUCUGGGGAAACAGCAGAUGAAGCAUUUCAGGCAGUGUUUGGAAAGGAGCAGCCUGGUCGAGUACGAUGCUAUGGUAGAUCAGUGACAAAAAGUUCUCUGAAAAAAAAUGAGGAAAUCAACAAGCUCCAACAGAAGCAUAACAAUGAAGUCUCUACUUUGAAAGAAGAAAUCAAGGAAAUGAGAGAAGAAAUGCAAGAAUUGAGGCAAUUGCGACAUAGCUUUAAUCUAUUGGUACAAAAAAACCCUGGACUGAAUGUUCAAGAUAUACCCGGGGUUGUUGGAUCUAACCAACCUUCUCCAGUUGAUGCUACUAGUGGACAGGCUGUUAGAGGCCAAAAUCUUCCACAUUCUUCUGGAUCAACUCAUGGACCAAUUCUUGAAAAGGAGAAGGUGUGUGAUGCAAUUGGUGGUAGAAAGUCAAUUUGA